UGUUGCAAAAUCAUAGCACUGUACAAAGGUGAUACUGGGAUCAACAUCCUGUCCUUGAAAUUCUGUGCAUACCUGUAGUUGUUGCUGUUAUUUCCCCUUCAAACAGCAACAAUGGCGGCUUCUGCCAGCACCACCAGUGAAGAGGAGCGUAGCCUUCGUGAAUGUGAGCACUAUGUUCAAAAACAUAAUAUCCAGCCCCUUCUGAAAGACUGCAUCGUUCAGCUAUGUACAGUGCGACCAGAGAGACCUAUGGGAUUCCUCCGGGAAUACUUUGAAAGACUGGAGAAGGAAGAAACAAAACAAUUUAUGAAUCAGCAGAAAGCAGCCUCUCGUACUGACUCACGUGAAGAUGAGAUUUCACCACCACCACCGAUGAACCCAGUAGUAAAGGGUCGCAGAAGGCGUGGUGCUAUCAGUGCCGAAGUUUACACAGAAGAGGAUGCUGCAUCCUAUGUUAGAAAGGUUAUUCCAAAAGAUUACAAAACUAUGGCUGCUUUGGCAAAAGCUAUUGAGAAAAAUGUGCUCUUUGCUCAUCUGGAUGACAAUGAAAGAAGUGACAUUUUUGAUGCCAUGUUUCCGGUUACCUAUAUUGCUGGUGAGACUGUGAUACAGCAAGGUGAUGAAGGGGAUAACUUCUAUGUUGUUGAUCAAGGAGAAAUGGAUGUCUAUGUGAACAAUGAAUGGGCCACCAGUGUUGGGGAAGGGGGCAGCUUUGGUGAACUUGCACUGAUCUAUGGGACACCCAGAGCAGCGACUGUCAAAGCAAAAACCAAUGUGAAACUGUGGGGUAUUGAUAGAGAUAGUUACAGAAGAAUCCUUAUGGGUAGCACAUUGAGAAAGAGAAAGAUGUAUGAAGAAUUUUUAAGUAAAGUGUCAAUAUUGGAAUCCCUUGAUAAAUGGGAGCGUCUCACAGUGGCUGAUGCUUUAGAACCGGUACAGUUUGAGGAUGGCCAGAAGAUUGUGGUGCAGGGAGAGCCAGGAGAUGAGUUCUUCAUUAUACUUGAGGGCACAGCUGCUGUGUUACAGCGCAGGUCAGAAAAUGAAGAAUUUGUUGAAGUGGGCAGGCUUGCACCUUCUGAUUAUUUUGGUGAAAUAGCGCUCUUGAUGAACCGUCCUCGUGCUGCCACUGUCGUUGCUCGUGGCCCAUUGAAAUGUGUAAAGCUCGACCGACCCCGAUUUGAGCGUGUCUUGGGUCCAUGCUCUGAUAUUCUCAAACGGAACAUCCAGCAGUACAACAGUUUUGUUUCACUGUCUGUCUGAGGUCUCCUUCCUUCUCAAAUACAUGCUUCACAAAUGCAGACUGCUUCAUUACUCUUGUGCAGAGCCACAUGGCCACUGGCUAUUGCAGCUUCCUGUCUGUUUGUGGGAGGAAAACAUUUGCUCUUCAUGGCACCAUUUUAAAUUUUACAGCAUUAGUUUGGUGCUCCCAAUCCCAUUUAAAAUAAACAGAAAGUUACAAGGAGAUGUUUGCUGUUACUGUUUCUCCCUGUGCAAUUACAGUGUCCAACAUGGGCAAUGACUGUCAUUCCUUUUUGAUGGGGAUAUCUCCUGACACCAAGGUUAUUGCCAUAAAGUAAGGAUGUAACAGUGGAAAAUUAAGAGGCAUACAUUUCUCAACUGGCGAAUCCUACAUUUCUUAAGUUGUGGUCAUUUUCUACAGUACUUCUCUUAGGCUUGUCCCCUCAGCUGAACUGCUAGUGUAAAUGUUAUGGUUAUCUUUGGUUUGGUUUGCUGAGUUCACUUCCUACUAAAACCAGAGUUAGAAGUUUGAGAAUUCAGUGCUCCUGUACCAGUUGGUUGAAGACAACUUGGUUAUUAACUUUUUUGUGUAAAAGCUUUUGUUUUGGCAAAAAUGCUGCCAGUGUUGCUCAUCUUUGCCACAGCUGACCUUUUUUGCCUGUUCUCAGUUGUGAAUGUUCAUAUAUUUGCCCCUUCUAAUUUUUUCUUUUCAGAUUCUCAGAAGCUAACCAAUGGGUUAAACACCUGAAUAUAGCUGUUGGUGUGCACACUGGCAUAA